GAAAUUUGCCGGAUGCGCGCAUUGUCGCUAUGCAACGUUCUGCGUGGCGGCAUUACAGCAGCAUGUUGAGACGCAGCACGGCGCGACACAGCAUGUCACGCCACGGCACCGCUGGCGAAACCGCACGCCCAUGCUAUUGCGCGACGCGUGGCAUUGCCGGUGCGGUUACAUUUCAUUCGCUGCAGCGUACCACCUGGUGUCUUGCGGGGAGAACACCGCCUACAGGCUCGGUGGCUCCCCCAAGCAGCAGCAGACGGCGGCCACGCGAGAAGUGACGGAUGCGGAUGACCUGCAGCUGAAGGUGUCGUCGAACGACCUCAUCACAGAUGAUGCAGCAGUCGGCAGCAGCGGCGGAUGCGGUGACGGCAGUGGCGGCGGUGGUGAUGGUGUCAGCGGCGGCGAUGUUGGCGACAGUGUUGCCGGUGUUGGCGACAGUGUUGGCGCUGGUGGCAGCGGUGUUGACGACAGUGUUGGUGGUGUUGGCGACAGUGUUGACGACAGUGUUGGCGGUGUUGACGACAGUGUUGGCGCUGGUGGCAGCGGUGUUGAUGACAGUGUUGGCAGCGGUGUUGGUGGCAGCGACAACAUCAACGGCGGCAGUGGCGAUGGUGGCGCUGUUGACAGCAGUGGUGGCGGUGACGGCAGCAUCGACGGUGUUGGCGGCGACUGUGGCGGUGUUGGCGAUCAUGCCGCAGCAGCGGUUGCUGACUCGACGCUCGUGCGCACUGACCAAACCUCACCGCCCCCGAGUGAACACCAGGUGGCAGACGGGAGCGGCGUGGCGGAGCCACCCUCACCCGUGCUCCUAGUACCCCCGCAGCCUGACCCCGCGGGGCAAGAUGGCGGCCCCGUUGCCACGGCGACGGUCGCCAACGGCAACGAGUCUCGCACGCAGCAGGAGAUGAUGGAGAGGGGAGAGGCGGAGGACGGGGAGAUGAGCACGCAGAGCGGAGGCAGCGCGACGGACGACGUUGCCACGGCGACGGAGCCGGGAAUGGACGUCGACGACGGCGUCGUUGCCAUGGAGACAGACAGCGUAGCCAAUGCGGAGGCGAUGGAGGUCGAUCAGCCUUGACCCAGAGGCAGUGACGCGGUGGUUGUCACAUAGACAGUGACGUGGUGGUUGUCACAUGGACAGUGACGUGGUGGUUGUCACGUAGACAGUGACGUAGUGGUUGUCACAUAGACAGUGACGUGGUGGUUGUCACAUGGACAGUGACGUGGUGGUUGUCACGUAGACAGUGACAUGAUGGUUGUCACAUAGACAGGAAUGAGGACUAUGAUAUAUAUAUAUAUAUAUAUAUAUAUGAGAAAGAGACAGAGAGAGAGAGAUAGAGAGAUUUUGUGCAGGUUCAGUGUUUGUAUUGGUAGGGUUAGUUCCGAUGAUGUCAAACAACGAUGUUGACGAACAAACGUUUAUGCCUGUUUGCAGAUGAGCAUCGAAUUUUGCGAUUUGCGAGUCUUUUUAAACUAUCGUUCAUUCCCAUUGCUGCCUGUCGCACAUUGGAUUGCAGAGGCAUAGCUAAUCUAUUUUGUCUGGGGGGCAAAGCCAUGUGUGUGGGGUGUUCUGGGAAGGUUACCACCAUUGACCAUGUAUUUUUUUUCUAGCGGGGCAAUAGCCCCUUGCCCCGCUAGCUACGGCCCUGGAUUAGCUAUGGCAGCAAAUGCAGCUUAUAGAGCUGAUUGAAGCAGUCAGUGUUUGUAUUUUUCCACCCAAAUUUCAUGCUUGUUGUUUUAAAAUUGUGUAACAUUUACCAGUAUUUUUAACUAGGAAGGCAAUUAAGACGGCAACGGCGUUUACCCGAACAGACUUGCAUUGUAUUGACUAACGAAUAGAAUAGUGUAGUAGUAGUAAUUUACAGAUUAUAUGUUAAUAUGAACACGUUAAUACUCCAUGUGUAUAUAUAUAUAUAUAUAUAUAUAUAUAUAUAUAUAUAUAUAUAUAUAUAUAUAUAUAUGCGUGUCAUGUGUGUGUGUUCAUGAAGCUACUUGUAAAGCACUCUUAUGCGUUUUAAUACUUUUAUUUACACGUUGAUUUUGAACAGUUUUGUUGUGUUCAGGUUCUGCUGCGGACAUGUGUGAUCAAGUGUUGAGUGUCGUUUGUUGUUUUACUGUUGGCGUUUAAAUGUAAUUCAGUAUACGUUAGCGGUAAAAAAAAAUCGUCAUUUCUAUAUUACCCUGUUUGUUAGAAAUCGUAUCGGAAUGCCUGACAUUACAUAGUUGUGCUAGAGAGUUUUUUUUACAUGUAGUUAGGUAGUACUAUUGGUGGGUGAGGCUAUGCUGUCAUCAUGUGUAACUGUUAGUUAAGAGUGUCACGUUGUCACCACAUGUAAUGUGUUUACUGAUAUAUAAACAUGUAUUUAUAUA